CGAAGACCUAAGGGAGAAAUAACGAAAUUAUUUCGUAUUACCCGGCGUAAUUUUUGCCCUUAAAUAACAUCUAGCAACAAUGAUAAGCAAUAAUAUUAUGGCUUGAGCGCUAUAACAGCGGCUGUGUAAUAUCGUAAUCGAGACAAUUAGACAUAGAACUUGUGUUCUUCAUACGGGCAAUGCGAAUUCGUGUGAGCAUAUGACUGUUUUGAUAUUUCUAGACAAGAAUGGCGCAACAACACUUUUUGCCAGAUGAUCAAAUUGAAAAGAUAUUGACGGAGGCGCGUUUCAAGUUUGCGCUCAAAUGUCUGAAGACAGUUAUGUGUCUAAAGAAAAACGUUGUCUUUAGUCCAUACAGCAUAUAUGAUGGACUUUUAUUGAUUUACUUGGCAUCCCAUGAUGACAUCGCGUUACAGUUAAGACCCAAACUCGAAUUACCUGACUAUAUUCACCAACAAAAUAUAUCUCUAGGCUGGAUAUUAGACAGCAAAACUAAAAAAAGAAGAGAGUAUGAGAAUAUAAAGGUGCCCAAUUAUUAUGAUGAAAAUAGUUAUUGGAUGACAUAUACUGAUAGUAAAAGUAAUAUGACGCAAUAUUUAUUCAAAAAGAAUUUACGAAUAGUAAAUUCUGACCAAACAUUUAUCCAUACAAUCAUGAAGAGGAUUAAUCAAUUGCUGAAAAGAACAACGCAGGGUUGCAUUCGUAAUUCCGUAAAAUUAAACAAUAUCACCGAAAAAAUGGACAUUAUUCAGGCGACUGUACUUUGCUUGAAAGGCAACACAAUUCAACAAAAUAUCUUUACAGAUGAGUCCGAGAUACCUAGAACCGUCUUAUCUCCCAAACUAAGCACGUUAGUAACUGAGAUACCUCUCCCAGAAAUCAAGCAGUCGCUGAUUGUGUUAUUUCCUGUCCAGUCAACUCAACAUAUUAAAAUCUGGAAAAUUAACAAAAACGUUACCGAAUUGAUCGAUAGAUUGACGACCGAAAGUGGAAUGGAUGAGUUUCGUAAAGUAUUAAAUAACGAACAGUCGUCACAGAAAAGGUUGUUAACAGGAGAGGUGUUUUAUCCAAAUUUCUUCGAACUGGAGAACGAAUUUUCAAUCGAUCAGCUGUUGGAUGAAUUAGACAUCCGGAUUUUAUUGGAACCCGACAAGGCCAGUCUACCUACUUUCAGUGAUCAAAAUCUGCAUCUCGGUGGUGCUAAGCAUCGGGCGUCAAUCAAGGUGACACGAGAGAAUGUCACUGCUUGCUCAGUCAACAUGUUCUUUACAAAAGGAGAAAUGUCCUUUAAUCAAACCGCAGACAUUAAUCAUUCAUUCUGA